AUGGAGUGCAAAGGUGUUUACGUUCUGAUGCUCGUGCUGAUGCUGGUCAACUGCUCGUUUCAGCAGACUCCGCCAAAGAGGAAGCCAGUAAAGAAAGAUAAUGCUGCCAUUGAGGAACUCCAGAAACAAAUUAAUGACAUUGUACAGGAUCUCAACCUGCUGAAGGAAGAACAGGCCUUGCAGAGAGUGUGUUUAAAAGGCACAAAAUUCAACGGCAAGUGUUUCUUGGCCGACUCGGCGAAGAAGUCGUACCACACGGCCAGCGAGGACUGCAACGCCCUAGGCGGCGUCCUGGGCGUCCCGACCUCGGCCGACGAGAACGACCUGUUGAAAGACUACCUCCGCCUCAGCGUUGGCAGGGACGAGCAAGUGUGGCUUGGCAUCAACGACAUGGUGACCGAGGACACCUGGGCGGACCAGACCGGCGGCGGAAUCCAGUUCAAGAACUGGGACACGUCCAACAGCCGCGCCCGGCAGCCGGACGGAGGCCGCUCCCAGAACUGCGCCGUGCUGGCGGUGGCCGGCCAAGGGAAAUGGUCGGAUGAGAACUGCCGUGACGAGAAGGCCUCGGUCUGCCAGUUCAAUGUUGUGUGA